AUGCACAGGGUUCUACUCUUCUUAUUUGCGCUGCUUUGCAUUUGCAGCGCCAACAAAUGGAAAAGGGGUUUUAAAUGUCCUUCAGGAUGUUCGUGCACGAAAGAAACCAUCAUGUGUGUCGGCACCUCUCACGUCCCGCGCACUGUGCCGAGUGACGUCAACUCGCUGAGCAUAGUAAACGGCUCCAUUGCAGAAAUCCCAGAGGGGAUGUUUUCACUAAUGCCAUCCCUGCAGCUACUGCUUCUAAAUGCAAACUCUUUGACAACAAUUAAAGACGAUGCUUUCCAUGGUCUUCCGCAUUUGGAAUAUUUGUUCAUUGAAGGGAAUAAGAUUGAAACCAUCUCCAAAAAGGCCUUCCGCGGACUGCGGGAUCUAACGCAUCUAUCCCUCGCCAAUAACAAAAUGGUAUCCCUGCCAAGAGAUCUCUUUUUUGACUUGGAUUCAUUGCUAGAACUAGAUUUGCGAGGCAAUGCUUUCCAGUGCAACUGUGAGAACAAGUGGCUAAUGACGUGGCUGAAAAACACCAAUGCCACAGUGUCAGACGUCUUCUGUGCAGGCCCUAGUGACAUGAAGGGCAAACGUCUCAAUGACAUCCCCAUCGGAGAAGGCCAGUGCAUGUCUACAGACUUUGUGCGUCACCAAUCCAUUCCCAUUCAGUCCAUGUCGGCAGAUAUCUUCUCCUUUAAGGAGGACAUCUAUGUGGCAAUGGCUGCACCCAACUCCAACAGCUGUGUGGUCAUGGAGUGGGAUCACAUCGAAAUGAAUUUCAGAAAAUUUGACAACAUCACAGGGAAAUCCGUCGUUGGAUGCAAGUCGGUUCUGGUCGACGAACACGUGUUGAUCAUCGUCACACAGCUCUUCGGGGGCUCCCACAUUUACAGGUUUGAUGAUCAGCAGAACAAGUUCACCAAGUUUCAAACCAUCGAGGUGCUCAACAUUUCCAAACCCAAUGACAUUGAAGUCUUCCGCAUGGAUGGUGAGUGGUACUUUGUGAUAGUAGAUAGCUCCAAAGCAGGCCUGUCUACCCUUUACAAGUGGACCGAACAACCAGAUCAAAACCAAACUGGGUUCUAUACCUAUCAGUUCCUCCAUGAGUGGUUUCGUGAUACGGAUGCAGAGUAUGUUGAAAUGGAUGGGAAAUCAUACCUUAUUUUAGCCAGUCGCUCACAAUCGCCCGUUAUUUAUUUAUGGAACAAGAGUACCUUAAAGUUCAUGCUUCACAAUGAAUUCCCCAAUGCCGAUGACGUGGUAGCGGUCAAAUCCUUCAGAUUGGAAAACGAAUUGUAUCUGGCUAUGACUUGCUACAUUGGUGACUCCAAAAUACUUAAGUGGACCAGUAAACAGUUCACGGAGAUGCAAGCUCUUCCCUCUCGAGGAGCAAUGGUCCUACAGCCUUUAUCCUUCUCAAACAGACACUACCUGGCUCUCGGCAGCGAUUACUCCUUCACACAAAUCUACCUCUGGGACACAGAGACCAAAACCUUCCAGAAGUUUAAGGACAUUUACGUGCAAUCCCCACGCUCCUUUUCCCCAGUAACAACUGACCGCAGGAACUUCAUCUUCUCUUCCAGCUUUAAGGGCAAAUCAAUGGUUUUUGAGCAUGUUGUGGUAGAUUUAAGCUUAUAA